CACGGCCUUCACGCUGCCUUCUGACAUGUGUAUGAGAUGUCAUGCUCAUUCUCAAUACGCCCGUAUCACGCGCUUCGGAUUUUCCGUCUCGCAUCGUGUCCUCCUCAAGCCAUCGCAUAGUACACCGCUUUGUGGAGGUCCAGCGUGGUCACAACAUUGCUCUAGUCAGCUGAUGGUGGUCGACCAUAGGCAGUGCAUUGCGAAACCAGGAGACUAUCAUUCACCAUGCGCUGCCACAUGGAACACAACGCCACUUUCUCGCUUCUUCUGACACGGCGUGCAGCGUUCCUCCGCCCACAUUCGGGACAAGUGUGCCGAGGCGGUCAAUUGACCCGAGGAUACGCACGCAGGCAGGCGGGGCAGGGAUCCGAACGACAUACAAUGCUGCAAUGCUGCGACUGUCGGGCAUGUUGUAGCUAAGCAAAGUUCGCCCAGACUUUGUCAGCUAUACCACCUGCUUCCGCGCUCUGCUGAUCACCAUCAACCACAAUUCCGUUGGUCGACAGACUCGAUAGCCAAGACAUUCUCGCCUUCACACCUGCGCUUCGGGCUCAGCAACACUAUCGAUGGCAUUGGUUGCAGCAACGGCGGCAGCAGCUGCUGCUACCGCUUACCUCAAUGGCAAAUACCAGAUAGGACGCGACGUCAAGGCCAUACUGAAAAGCAAGAAUGCAGAGCGUGUGUACGCGCAAGCAGUGAAGGACGACAAAGUUUCGCCGUGGUACAUCCUGGCGGAGACAUGUGCUCGUCAGCCCAAUGACCGCGCCAUCUGGACUCGCGAGCGGAGCUGGACAUUCAAGGAGAUGCACGAUCAAAUCACACGCUACGCACAAUGGAUGCUGGACCAAGGUAUCAAGCCUGGCGAUCUCGUUGCCAUGUACCUGCACAAUUCGGACCAAUUCAUCAUGAUCAUGUUCGCCACAUUGAGCAUCGGAGCCGGACCCGCACUCAUCAAUUACAACCUGGAAGGCGCAGCUUUGAUGCACUGCUUAUCAGUCUGUGACAGCAAGCUGUUGCUUAUCGACCAAGAUGCUGGAUGUCAGCAGAGAAUCGCCGCUAGCCAGCAGGACAUUGAGGCCGCAGGCACUAAGAUCGUCUCGCUAGACAACAAUCUCAGAAGUCAAAUAGAUUCACGCAAAGCCAUAGUGCCCCCAGAUUCCUUGCGGAGUGGCAUGAAAGGCGAGCAGCCAUACGCUCUGCUCUACACGUCUGGAACCACGGGCCUGCCCAAAGGCUGCCCAUUCACCAUUUCUCGAACUCACCUGCUCGGAAGCCAUAUUGACCCUCCUUUCGGGUCAGUACGGGGCAGAGAUUGCUGGUAUAGCCCUAUGCCUCUGUAUCACGGGACUGGACUCAUCACAACGUCGAGUGCUCUGCUCACAGGGAUUGGCGUUGCCAUCGCUCCUCGCUUCUCCGUGAAGAACUUUUGGCCAGACAUCCAUGACAGCGAGGCGACGAUGUUCAUAUACGUCGGAGAAACUGCACGAUACCUUCUAGCGGCACCUACACAUCCACUCGAAAGAUCUCACAAGCUUCGACUGGCCUACGGCAACGGCCUCCGUCCCGAUGUCUGGUCCAGACUUCAGUCACGAUUCAACAUCCCCGAGAUAGCCGAGUUCUUCAACUCUUCCGAGGGCAUGUUGAGUACAGUCGUCUGGUCUCGCAACAACCACUACAACAACUGCGUCGGACAUCAUGGACUGGUUCUCAGAGCACUCUAUCAGAAUGUCUACAUUCCUGUACGCAUCGAUCCUGACACAGGCGACAUCUACCGUGAUUCCAAGACCGGCUUCGCACAACGGACACCUUACGAAGAGGGCGGCGAAAUCCUUGUGGCCGUACCAAACAAGGAAGCUUUUGGGGGAUAUUGGAGGAACCCCGAAGCAACCAACAAGCGAUUUGCCACUGACGUAUUCCAGAAGGGAGACUUGUACUACCGCUCUGGCGAUGCUUUGCGCCGCAGUUCCGAGGGACACUGGUAUUUUCUCGAUCGGCUCGGUGAUACAUUCCGUUGGAAAUCCGAGAACGUUUCGACAGCCGAAGUCGCCGAAGUGCUUGGACGGUAUCCUGGCAUCGAAGAAGCCAACGUCUACGGAGUCUCAAUACCUGGCUAUGAAGGUCGCGCAGGCUGUGCAGCACUGCAACUGACGAAUCGCUCAGACGCACUGUCAGAGUCCUGGCGACGAGAAGUUCUGGCGCAUUGCAGAAAAGCUCUUCCACGAUAUGCUGUUCCGGUUUUCCUUCGAGUGCAGCAAAAGAGCAGCCACAUUCACAACCAUAAGCAGAACAAGGUUGGGUUGAGACAGGAAGGUGUUGAUCCGGAUCUCCUGGGAAUACAUGAGAAAGAAGGCAGCGAGGACACAUUUCUGUGGGUGAAGCCGGGAGGUGAUGUGUACGUUGAAUAUCGGAGGAGUGAUUGGGAUGAUAUCAAGGCGGAGAGAGCGAAGCUGUAGAGUGCUGUGCUUUUUCGAAUGCUGACGAUCCCAGACGAUGAUAGAGCAAGAUAACGUGGCAUGUGGCCCGAUCAUCACAGCUACGGAACGCCUGAGAAGCUUACAGCCAGCCAAGAUGUUCCAAGAUGCUUUAGUGCUUCCUCCGCUAGGGUUUCUCCGCUAGGGUUUCUCCGUCUAUCAAUUCAGC